CAGCAAGGGAAGCGAGUGGUAGUGUCGAGCGCGGGCUCUUCCCGUCUUUGUGCUGUGUUCAUUUCAGUGACCCGAGUAGUGUACAGUUUUCGUUACAGGUGAAUACAGAAAUUGAUUGUGGAAAAAAAUGUUAUAUAAUGAGUUGAUCGGCCUGAGAAAAGUGCUUGUCUUUAAGAAGAAUAGUGAAGGAGAACGUAGCAACCCGGACCCCCGCGUAUGCCUGUUAUGCCCGUGAAUGAGUGUGGGAAUACGGCCAGAAAGCUUAUUGUGGGUGUAACGAAGGGCGGGGGGGUGCGUCAGUGCAGAGGGGGUGAGAGUGAGAGGGCAGCGUGGUAAGCAGAGAGAUUGGAAGAGAGGAGGGUGAUAAAAGAGAGGGAGAGAGAACGUGCGUAGAUUGUCUGUUGUCGAGAGAGCAGUUGCCAUUUGUUACUUUAUGAGUAAAUAUGCUUGUGUUUGAAUCUAACAAGGCGUGCGUGUAAUUUUCAUGGUCACCUGCUGUCUGUUUCUUGAGCAUGUAGCGAGUAAGGAACUGAAUGGCUGAGGAAUAUCUGUUAUGGUCUUGAUUAAAUGAUUGCAGAAUAGUGAGGGAUUUGUAAAUUAAUAUUGUUGGUUAAACUUAUAUGAUCGUGUAUUGCACAACAGGAUUCAAUUAGCUUUCAUCAACAAAGGGGUAACUUAUAACAGUACCUCACUUUUUAUAGUUUAUGCGGGUUCAUGAGAUUUAUUCAUUUUGUAGUGUAUAGAUGCAACAGCAGUGUGAGGAGAACAAGACCGCUAGCUAGUGGGUGUGCGGGCGCGUAGGUCGAGGUAGGCGGGUACGUGGCGGGCGUGCAUGAUGAGUGAGCGAAGAGUGUUCGAGUGCCUGUGUCUGGAGCCCAGCAAGGGGGGCUACAGCUACGACUCCGCACUGUUAGUCGAUGUUGACCGCGCCUUCGACUUUGACGAAGCUGUAAUCCGGUUAACAACCAAAUGCAACUCCAUCGUGACUCAAUUUCGCACCUUGGGUCACCAUUUCUCUGAGUUCUCCGUCGCCGCCUCCAAGGUAAACGGAAGCAAGGUAGAUUCACCCAACGCGGGAAACAAACGGGGCAAGAACGACAUAGAUAGAAUGGAGAGUCCUUCCGGAAGCCCUGAGACUCGAAAUCUGAGGCUCAUGGACUACGAGUGGCGACGCCUUAAGAGGAAGAACUACUCCGGAAUGGUAGCUCUGGCACGCGUCACCAGGUCCUCCAUACCCAGAAACGGCUCGGGGGGCAGGUACUCCGUCAAAGCCUUCACGGAGGCGGUCCUGAGCCACAUCCAGGCCUAUUUCAUGUUCCAGUCCUUCUGCCCGGAGUUUGAACGCUGGAUGGGUGGAGAGGAAGGGACUUGGGGCUACGGGCCUGAGAGUGCCGAUGACGAGUAUCUGCUGUAUCUUGUGUACCGUCUUCGGGAUAAGAAUGCCCCUGCUAAACCCACUACACCCACAUCAAGGAGGAAGUGGACGGAGGUGGACAGACUAGAAUUUGGCUGGCCGUUUGUGCCCAACGCGCCCAAGAGGAGGCGGCGACACACUUCUGGGGAGAGCAACGCGAGCACCUGCAGCAGUACGAGCACGAGCAGCACGCCCAGCGGAGGCCCGUCGUACCUGACGCCGCCCGCAAUGCGCCCAGCCCAGCCCAGCACGGAAGGCACGUCGCGAGCUCGUACACGAAGCAACACGGGAAAGACGCCAGAAGAAAACAAUGCUGAAUGGGAAACUGCAUCGGCUCCCCCCUCUUUAUCAUCUCCUGUAAGUGCAGACGAUGAUAAUAAUCCAUUCCAAACUCCCUUCAGUCUGAGAAGAAGGAGAGCCUCUGGUUCCAGCCAGAGAAGCAGAAGGAGAACCUCGUCAGGUUCCUCAAGGGAAAGUGAACCUACUCGCUCUUCACCACGGUUGCGUAACAGAGGACAAGAGUCAUUACCGUCAAAAGAGUGAGAAAAUUUUUACACAAUUUUUUUAUAUUAAAAAAAAGACAAAAAAAAUUGAGGCUGAGGACAAAAGCAAUAGCAUAGCAAUGAAAUAUUGAUGAGUAUCUUAGUGUACUGUAGAGUACAUAUUUGGUGGAUGUUCAAAAGUAGACAUAGUGUCCCCAAAGUGAAGUGCCUCUUGAAGAACUGUAUGUGCAAUUUGUACUAAUAUUUUGAAAUAAGGAAUUACUUUUGACAGAUAUCGUGUAGCCAGUCAUGCACUCUAUUUUUGACAAGAAAUAGGCAUUUCUUUUGGCAGCAUAAUGUCUUAAGUGUCAGAUAUAGUGGAGAUUCAAAACACAGAUGUACUUCUCUAUAGCCUUCAUGGAGAAUUUAUAUUUUUUUCAAAUGAUUUGUCUUGUUUACAAUCAAGAAUUUAUGCAGCUGUUAUUUUUUUUAUCAUAAAUUAGUAAUUAUGAUUAUAAGAGCUUUAAUAUCUGGAUGAACCUAGUUUUUCUACCUGGUCUUUGAAAUUUGCCUAGUCCAAUUAUAUAUUAUUUACAAAGUAUUUUAGUGUACUGAUAUGAUGAACAAGUUUAAGGAACAAUAAUUUGUAGAGAAUAUUUUCAUUUCUGAGUUUUCAGUACAAGUUAUAAAAAAAAUCAAAAUGCAAUUUUGUCUGAAGACUUAUCUUAUACACAAAGUUAACAUCACAUUUGAGUCAAACUUAAGUUUGUAACUGCCAUUUUGGGAUACAAGUCUCACAUUCACCAAUUAAAAGUAUAAAUUUUAUAUUUUGGAGAAUUUAUACUCAGAAUGAUUUAAAGGAAACUGUUUUUUCUCUCCCUUGGUUGUUUCCAUGAAGAUUAGGUUUUAUAUUCCUAUGUAUAUAAGGACAGCUCAUUAAUCUGUUUAGCAGAACUGUACAAUUUAACCUGAGGCCUUUUCUAGCUGGAGUUAGUUUAUGUGGUUGCUAGAUAUAAGUUAUGUCCAUCUCUGGAAAGUAAAGGUUCCUUUUUCACUAUUACUUUAAAAUCUUA